CCCCGCCCGCCCAUGGCCCGGCACGUGUUCCUCACGGGGCCCCCAGGGGUCGGCAAGACAACCUUGAUCCAGAAAGCCAGCCGCGCUCUGCAGCGCUCCGGGGUGCCGGUGGAUGGAUUUUACACGGAAGAGGUCAGGCAGGGCGGCCGCCGGGUGGGAUUCGACGUGGUCACCUUGUCCGGAGCUCGAGGGCCUCUGUCGCGAGUGGGGCCGGAGCCCCUGCCGGGAAAGCCGGGGUGCCGCGUGGGCCCGUACGUGGUGGACGUGGCCUCUCUGGAGCAGUUGGCGCUCCCCGUCCUGAGGAGUGCAGGUUCUGGCGGAGGCCCAGGGCACAGUGUGUGCGUCAUCGACGAGAUCGGCAAGAUGGAGCUCUUCAGCCAGCCCUUCAUCCAGGCAGUCCGCCAGGCGCUGGGCGCGCCCGGGACGGUCAUCCUGGGCACCAUCCCCGUCCCCAAGGGCAAGCCGCUGGCGCUGGUGGAGGAGAUCAGGAGCCGGGAGGACGUGACGGUGCUCAGCGUCACCAAGGAGAACAGAAAUCACCUUUUGUCCGAGAUCCUCUCCUGUGUGCAGAGCGGCAGGAAGUGAAGCUCUCAGCAGCCCGGUCCAGCACCGCCCGCCUGCUGGGCUCAGACACCUGGGGUCCAGCACCGCCCGCCUGCUGGGCUCAGACACCUGGGGUCCAGCACCGCCCGCCUGCUGGGCUCAGACACCUGGGGUCCAGCACCGCCCGCCUGCUGGGCUCAGACACCUGGGGUCCAGCACCGCCCGCCUGCUGGGCUCAGAGACCCGGGGUCCAGCACCGCCUGCCUGCUGAGCUCAGACACCUGGGGUCCAGCACCGCCCGCCUGCUGGGCUCAGACACCUGGGGUCCAGCACCGCCCGCCUGCUGGGCUCAGACACCUGGGGUCCAGCACCGCCCGCCUGCUGGGCUCAGAGACCCGGGGUCCAGCACCGCCUGCCUGCUGAGCUCAGACACCUGGGGUCCAGCACCGCCCGCCUGCUGGGCUCAGACACCUGGGGUCCAGCACCGCCCGCCUGCUGGGCUCAGCCCCAAGCUCAGAGACCCGGGGUCCAGCACCGCCCGCCUGCUGGGCUCAGAGACCCGGGGUCCAGCACCGCCAUCUGCUGGGCCCGGCUCGGCCUCCCAGCUCCGGGACCUCAGGACCUUGCUUGAGACGCUGGGCCGCUGCUUUCCCUGAUGUUCGGGAUCCACCUGCGCCCCGUGUUGGGGGCCUGCGUGACAGGCGGUCUCUGUGGCUCGUGCAGGAGGCUGUGUUUCCUCUUGUGUGUGAUUGGAGCAAAUUACAGGAUGACGGGGGUGUCUGUGGCGUCUCCGGCGGUGUGCUGGGGUGGGGAGAGGAAGUCACCUCCUAAUGAGCGCCACGUGCUGUGGCGGCCAGCCGCCUCUCCAGGUGCGGCCCAGCCCCAGCGGCUCGAGCGACGUGUCCCGUCUUUUUUUCUCUGAAGAAAGCUGUUUCCGCUUCUCA